GACAAGAAACUGAUAAAGAAAUGGAAGGUGCUCUUGAUGAUAUAGCAAAGCAAUUGGACAAGCAAGCACUGGAGGAGAAAGAAAAAGAUGAUGAUGAUGAUGAUGGAGAGGGUGAAGGAGAUGGAGCAACUGGGAAAAAGAAGAAGAAGAAGAAAAAGAAGAAAGGACCUAAGGUCCAGACAGAUCCACCUUCUAUUCCAAUAUGUGAUCUAUUUCCCAGCAAUGUAUUCCCAAAGGGGGAAGAAUGUGAAUAUCCACCAACACAAGAUGGGCGAACUGCUGCUUGGAGAACAACUAGUGAAGAAAAGAAAGCACUAGACCAAGCCAGUGAGGAAAUCUGGAAUGAUUUUCGGGAGGCUGCAGAGGCACACAGACAAGUGAGGAAAUACGUUAUGAGCUGGAUAAAACCUGGAAUGACAAUGAUAGAAAUCUGUGAAAAACUAGAAGACUGCUCUCGUAAGCUGAUAAAGGAAAAUGGUUUAAAUGCAGGUCUUGCAUUUCCUACGGGGUGCUCUCUGAAUAAUUGUGCUGCCCACUACACUCCCAAUGCUGGAGAUCCAACAGUCCUGCAAUACAAUGAUAUUUGCAAAAUAGAUUUUGGAACACAUAUUAGUGGUCGUAUUAUUGACUGUGCUUUUACAGUCACAUUCAAUCCAAAAUAUGACAGACUACUAGAAGCUGUAAAGGAUGCCACAAAUACUGGAAUAAAGUGUGCUGGAAUAGAUGUACGUCUCUGCGAUGUGGGAGAGGCCAUACAAGAAGUUAUGGAGUCUUAUGAAGUUGAAAUUGAUGGCAAAACAUACCAAGUGAAGCCAAUUCGCAAUUUGAAUGGACACUCCAUUGGGCCGUAUAGGAUACAUGCAGGAAAAACAGUACCCAUUGUGAAAGGAGGAGAAGCCACAAGAAUGGAGGAAGGUGAAGUGUAUGCUAUAGAAACCUUCGGUAGCACGGGAAAAGGCGUUGUUCAUGAUGAUAUGGAGUGUUCUCAUUAUAUGAAGAACUUUGAUGUCGGCCAUGUGCCAAUAAGGCUUCCAAGAGCAAAACACUUGCUAAAUGUUAUCAACGAAAACUUUGGUACUCUUGCCUUCUGCCGCCGGUGGCUGGAUCGCCUGGGGGAGAGCAAAUACCUGAUGGCGCUGAAGAACCUGUGCGACCUGGGCAUCGUGGAUCCGUACCCGCCGCUGUGCGACAUCAAGGGCUCCUACACGGCGCAGUUCGAGCACACCAUCCUGCUGCGCCCCACCUGCAAGGAGGUCGUCAGCAGGGGGGACGACUACUAACUCAGAGCCACCUCAGCACCUUUAUACUCUAGGCUUUCUUGGAACAUACUAUACCAGAAUUAAUUUGCAACACAUUGUCUGUUUUAACAGUGGACUGAUGUUAAUACUUUCCAUAUUUGGAAAGGAAGGAAUUUAAUCUAAGGCAAGUCUUCUAAUUGUAACUAACCAUGGAAAAAGCUUUCAGGCCUUUAGAAAUAUUUCAAAAGUUACUUAUUUUUUCUGUUCAGGGAAAUACAUGCUAUAAAGCUCAAUUUUUAGUUUGGAAUGAGUUAUACAUUUUGUUCUGAACAUUUAUGAUAAAAGAUGCUUUUCAAAUAUUUAUAUGACCAUAUUCCUACUUGAAUGCUUUGAAUGACUACACCUGAUUUCUGCGCCCCAGUCCUCUAUGAUAUUGCCUUUUAAACUUCCUGAAAUCCAUUUUGUAAAAAAUAAAGAUAAAUUUUCAAAUCUGAAAAUAUAUAUACUUUUUAGAAGUCUGGUUAUGAUUCUGGUCAGGAGUCCACUGGGAAACUGCUCUAUUAAAUAUUUUACAAACUUGAUUUGCCAUUUCUUGUCUUGAAACUGGACCUUGUUUUGCACUUCAUAUGAAACUUGGCCUUUUGUGCUUGUUUAAAUAGGCUUGUCAGUGGUGGGAUACAGGGCAAGAAGUCAUCAACACUUUACAGGACAAAAUGUGACAACUACAGUAAAGGUGUGUAGUCAAGGUUUUGCGUGUGCCAAUCUUAUAGCUGUAUUAGAACAUGACAAAUGCAGCUGGUGGUCUCUGCUGCUGGUGGCAUCAACAUGCAGCUUUGGGCUGAAGUAAACUCAAAUUUAGUGUAUGUGCUUACAUAAUCUUUGCCGUUGGCAUGCCCUCUUGCACAGAGUAAAAUUUCAUGUGAUUUCCUGUAUUUUUAAAGUUCACAUUUGAUUGCACAAGUGGUGGGGACAGGAAAAACUAUUUAUUUUUGAGUGUUAGAAGUUACUUCAUGCAGGCAAAAUAAUCUGGAGUAUUUGCUUUCUUGACAUAAAAAGUCAUUAUCUGACUUCCUGCUGCUGCAGUGAAAUCUGACUGUUGAAUCUCAUUUGUAAAGGUAAACUAAAUCCCAUGGCUCUGCAGGCCUAUAUGCAAUAUGUCUUCCAAUGCUGUAUCUUUACCUCAUUACUUGCAUAUUAAAAUUUUCAAUAGUUACUGGUGAUAAAAAUGACAGCUCUGUUUGUAGGUCA